AUGAAGCACAAAAAACGGACCGUCUGCAAUACCUGUCGGCGUCGUAAAUUGGGGUGUGAUGGAAAAUUGCCGGGGUGUAGUCAAUGCUCGCUAUCCGGGUAUACCUGUGAUGGGUAUGCGACAAGCUGGACAUUCAUUCAGCAGGGCUCAGGCUCUUUCGACCAAAAUCCAAAUAAUGGAAAGCAUCAUGAACAACUUGCAGCCCCGGUACAAAUAAAACGCCGCGAUAAUUCUCCACGUUUAAUCAAAGUGAUUCCGGAGUCCCCGGUAGCUCACUUCACUCCAAGCCUGCAACAAGAAAUAUCAUUCUCGCCAACCAUUCACCACCUCUUAACUGUCAUCGUGGAAAGCUAUCUCCCCGAGAGUGAGAGAAACCCAAGCACCGUCGCUGUCGCCACUGGCCACAGCCGCCAACAUCCACGAAUCUGCGGUACCUGGGUUGAAGUAUUAUACGAGCUUCCCUGUCUCGCACAUACCAACUCCCUUCUCUCAAAAGCAGUAACUGCCCUCGUUGCGGCAGUCUUGACGUCGGUGUGUAUCUCCCGUCAAAGUAUUUCAGAGCCAUAUCUUCUCGCCAUCCGGUCUCUUCGAAAAACGCUUGAGAAUGGGGUUGGUAGGACACAGGAGCUCAUUCCUGCUGUUAUGUGUCUUAUCUUGGUCGAGGUCAUGAUCCCAAACGCGAGUGUCGCCCUUGACGCCCAUUUAAAUGCCGUGGGGGCAUUCUUCCAUUCCGCUGGGCCAGAAGCGUGUAGGACGGGACUUCUGCAUAGACUGUUUGUUGGAUUCCGACCAUUAAUGAUUAUACAUGCCAUUCAAACUCGUCAACCAACUUUCCUCAGCCUUCCGGCCUGGAACGAUAUUCCAUUUUCCGAUAUCGCACCUUCUAUUAUGCAGGCCUUUUUCAACGAGUUUGUUCAUCUGUCAUCUUUACUCUGUCAAAUGGAUGGUCUGGGUCUUGCGGUGGACUCUCAACCAACCAUCCAGUCCGAGAUUGAGCAGCAGGUACUACUAUCCCUUUUCGCAGAUCUUUCUGCGCGUCUGGAUCAUUGGGAGUAUACUUUGACUACCUCCUCUUUCUCAUAUGGGCGAUAUCACCACCACUCCCACGAAGCCAUCGAUGACGAUGACCAUCGACCCAUCUCUUACCCCAACGUGACAAUGGCAAAUAUCUUCACGCACCUGUGGGCCUUCCAAAUCAUCACUCUUCGAGAGAUGACUAUUCUCAUCACCGCCCUCUCCGGAACGAUAUCGCUAUCGCCGUCUCCGUCUCCGUCGUCCCCAUCGUCACCGGAAGACUGUGCAGCAGUCCUCGCCAGAAAUAUUUCUCUGAGUAUGGACUAUCUCUUGAAAGAAGAUAUGGGUCUUUUCGGCCCGGCUUCAUCAUACUUCCCUCUCCGGGUGGCUUGGGAAGUUCUCAAAGGGGGCGGUGAUCAAUUUGAUGGUGCUCGUGUGAAACGGAGUGUCGAUCGACUCGUUACAAGAGGGCUUUUGUCUGCGCCGACUCUUGUCUUUGGUCCUGAACUUGAAUUGCAUUAA